CAGGCUGUACCCGUUCCACCCAUCAUGGACUAGUGCUCCCACCAACCGCACCAUCAGGCUCUGAAAGCAGAACAUGUCCAGUCCGAGUGAGCUCAAGUCUCCGUGUGUGACGCGGAACGGAAUGGUCAAGCUACCCCCCCAGCCCAACGGCCUUGGCUCAGCCAGCAUCACUAAAGGCACUCCAGCGGCCAAGAACCGUCUGUGCCAGGCGUCCUCUGUGCCUCCCAGCCUGCCGUAUCACCUGGAGCCCCUCUCAAUGGCCACAGACGCCAGGCAGUACACCAAGCUGGAGAGGCAGUUGGCACUUGAUGAGAAGGUGCUUAAUCGGUUGCUUUGGUACUUUACCACAGCAGAGAAGUGCGCCCUGGCACAGGUGUGCAAGACGUGGCGCAAAGUCUUGUAUCAGCCCAAGUUCUGGGAGGGUGUGACGCCCGUCCUGCAUGCAAAGGAGCUCUACAACGCACUGCCCAAUGGAGAAAAGGAGUUUGUGAGCCUGCAGGCGUUUGCACUACGUGGCUUCCAUUCCUUCUGCCUGGUGGGUGUGUCAGACCUGGAUAUUUGUGAGUUCAUCGAUAACUAUCCUCUGUCCAAGAAGGGCGUGAAGUCCCUCAGCCUGAAGCGCUCCACCAUCACAGAUGCCGGGCUUGAGGUGAUGCUGGAGCAGAUGCAGGGUCUGCUGCACUUAGAGCUUUCAGGUUGCAACGACUUCACUGAGGCCGGUCUGUGGUCCAGCCUGAACGCCCGGCUAACUUCGCUGAGUGUCAGUGACUGCAUCAAUGUAGCUGAUGAUGCCGUGGCAGCCAUCUCGCAGCUGCUGCCCAACCUGUGCGAGCUGAGUCUGCAGGCGUACCACGUGACAGACACGGCCAUGGCCUACUUCACAGCCAAGCAGGGAUGCACCACACGCACACUGCGUCUGCACUCGUGCUGGGAGAUUACCAACCAUGGCGUAGUGAACAUGGUGCACAGCCUUCCCAACCUGACCGCGCUCAGCCUGUCGGGUUGCUCUAAGAUCACAGACGAUGGUGUCGAGCUCGUGGCCGAGAACCUGCGCAAGCUCCGCAGCCUUGACCUCUCCUGGUGCCCACGCAUUACUGACGCCGCACUAGAGUAUAUAGCCUGUGACCUGCACAAACUUGAGGAACUUGUGCUUGACCGGUGUGUACGGAUCACAGACACAGGCCUUGGCUAUCUUUCCACCAUGUCUUCACUACGUAGUCUCUAUCUACGCUGGUGCUGUCAGGUGCAAGAUUUUGGCUUGCAGCACCUGUUUGGUAUGAGGAGUUUGCGUCUUCUCUCUCUAGCAGGCUGCCCCCUGCUGACCACCACUGGCCUAUCAGGUCUGAUCCAGCUGCAGGAUCUGGAGGAGCUAGAACUGACCAACUGCCCUGGUGCCACGGCAGAGCUCUUCAAAUACUACUCGCAGCACCUGCCACGCUGCAUGGUGAUCGAGUAAACGUGAUGAUGAGCCUGCACCCUCCUCAUUAUCACAAAACCUUCCUCUUUCAGACGAACGCACCAGACUGACGAUUAACCCCUCUCAACCUCAUCUCGAAGCCCGUUUGGGGAAUCAAUGAAAGGAAAAGACGGAAGUGUUGAGUCAACACCAGAGCAAUGGAUGAGGAACGUAAAGAAUGGUUAACGAGGAGCUGGCCGGAUAUUCUAAAUAUUCCGGAUAUUGAAUGGCCUCUGCGAUGCGAGAAACGGACCUGAGAGUGACACGAUCAGAGGCUAGAAGCUUCCAUUGAACAAAACCCAUCAGCCUUCACACACGAGACAUAUACCAUGAAGCAAACUGAAGCAGGGCCUUGGAUUCCACGUUGGCUUCUGUGAUUUUAUUUCUAUUGUCAUUUUUUCUGAAGAGAAAAUGGUAUGUGCAGCUCACCUCUCAAACUAGACAAAGAAUAUGAGAAGCUGCAAGAGAGAUGAAGGACUGAUACAGGGUCUCUUUGAUAUUGUACAGCAGCGAUAUUUACACUCCAGUCGCCUCUAAGAAAAAGCAAAAAUAAAAUAUUUAAAAAAUCACCGGAUGAACAGCCGCAUAGAUU